AUGGAGAGCAGCGACCGGGACAUGUACCGCCAGUUUCAGGACUGGUGUCUCAGGACUUACGGGGACUCAGGAAAAACCAAGACGGUGACCCGUAAAAAAUACGACCGGAUCGUCCAGCUCCUGAACGGCUCCGAGUCGAGCUCCACGGAUAAUGCCAAAUUCAAAUUCUGGGUCAAAUCUAAAGGCUUCCAGCUCGGCAACUCGGACGAGGUCAGUGGUGGUGCUGGAGGAGGGAAGCAAGUGCUGUACGUGCCAGUCAAAACCACGGAUGGAGUAGGUGUAGAUGAGAAGCUGUCUUUACGGCGGGUGGCCGUCGUAGAAGAUUUCUUUGAUAUUAUCUAUUCCAUGCAUGUUGAAACUGGGCCCAAUGGAGAACAAAUCAGAAAACAUGCUGGACAAAAGAGAACGUAUAAAGCAAUUUCAGAGACCUAUGCCUUCCUACCGAGAGAAGCGGUGACACGAUUUCUAAUGAGCUGCUCAGAGUGCCAGAAAAGAAUGCAUUUAAACCCAGAUGGAGCGGAUCAUAAAGAUAAUGGAAAACCUCCAACAUUGGUGACCAGUAUGAUUGAUUACAACAUGCCCAUUACUAUGGCUUAUAUGAAACACAUGAAGCUACAGCUACUAAAUUCACAGCAAGAUGAGGAUGAAAGUUCUAUAGAAAGUGAUGAGUUUGAUAUGAGCGACUCAACUAGAAUGUCAGCUGUAAACUCUGACCUCAGCUCAAACCUGGAGGAGAGAAUGCAAAGUCCUCAGAACCUCCAGGGCCAGCAGGAUGAUGAUUCAGCCGCAGAGAGUUUUAAUGGCAAUGAGACCGUGGGACACAGUUCCAAUGCUUCAGGGGGAACACACUGCAGGGAGAUGGCAGAAACCAACAGUAAUGGCAAAACAAAUCUGGAGCAGGAUGAGCAGCCUCUGAACCUGAGUGACAGUCCCCUCUCUGCUCAGCUGACUUCAGAAUACAGACUAGAUGAUCACAGCAGUAAUGGAAAGAACAAAUACAAGACUCUCCUAAUUUCUGAUCUCAAGAUGGAACGGGAGGCAAGAGAAAAUGGAAGCAAGUCCCCUGCACAUAGCUAUUCAAGCUAUGACUCUGGCAAGAAUGAGAGUGUAGGCAGAGGUGCUGAAGAUCUGUCUCUGAAUCGAGGAGAUGAGGAUGAGGAUGACCAUGACGAGCAAGAAGAUCCUGAGAAGGUUAAUGAAUCAGAUGGGGUAGAAGCUGAGCGACUGAAAGCUUUUAACAUGUUUGUCAGGCUGUUUGUAGAUGAAAACUUGGACCGAAUGGUCCCAAUCUCUAAGCAGCCCAAAGAAAAGAUCCAGGCUAUCAUUGACUCAUGCAGGCGACAAUUCCCUGAGUAUCAAGAGCGUGCCAGAAAACGCAUACGUACUUACCUCAAGUCCUGCAGGCGGAUGAAAAGAAGUGGUUUUGAGAUGUCACGACCUAUUCCCUCACACCUUACUUCAGCAGUUGCAGAGAGUAUCCUGGCUUCCGCCUGUGAGAGUGAAAGCAGAAAUGCUGCAAAAAGGAUGCGGUUGGAUAGACAGCAGGAUGAGGCUGCUCCAGCUGACAAGCAGUGCAAACAGGAGCCAUCCCAGGUCACUUACUCAACAUCAGCUGUUUCCAGCACGCAGGAGGUGCUGUACAUCAACGGCAACGGGACCUACAGUUACCAUAGUUACAGAGGGCUCGGAGGUGGGCUGCUAAAUCUCAAUGAUGCUUCUAGUAGUGAUCUGCAGCCUACCUCCACCACAGCCACAACUCAGCACUGCAUCCCAGGCACCACGAACGUCCAGUCCCCUUCCAGCUCAGGUCCAACAGAUCUCAGUAUGAAGAGGCAGUUAGCAACCAGCUCUGGAUCCUCCAGUAGUUCCAGCUCCAGACCCCAGCUGAGCCCGACUGAAAUAAACGCAGUGAGGCAGCUCGUGGCGGGGUACCGAGAGUCAGCCGCGUUUUUGUUGCGCUCUGCAGAUGAACUGGAAAACCUUAUUUUGCAGCAGAACUGA